UCAGCUGAUCGCGUUUCGUUAUUUCGUUACAAAUAACACUGACGUAAGUCAACUUAUCAUAUAAAUCGGUACUUUUUUAUUAAAAAUAUGGCAAAUAAGAAGAACUAAGAUAAUCUAUAUCGUAAAUUAAUACAAAAUAUUAGAAUUUAUUUUAUUUAUCAAUCAUACUCUUCAAGAAGAGGUUAAGCUUACCCGCAUAAAUUUGAACGCGGAGAUAUGAUCUAAAUACAAUAAUAGUAGUGAUUUAAAAAAUACAAUGGGGCAAACUUUAUGCGAACCAGUAACAACUAAAAAGUCAGCAUGUUGUAGAGAUUCCAAUUACCGUGUAGGUAGUUCUUGUAUGCAAGGAUGGCGAAUUAAAAUGGAAGAUUGCCACGUGCAUAUUCUCUCUCUUCCAGAUGACCCAGGCACUGCUUUUUUUGCAGUAUAUGAUGGUCAUGGAGGUGCGGCGAUAGCUCAACAUGCGGGAAAAUACCUUCAUGAAUAUAUCACCAAGCGAAGUGAGUAUAAAGCAGGAAAUAUUGUCCAGGCUAUGCAACGAGGUUUCUUGGAAUUGGACAAGGCAAUGCAAAAUGAUGUGGUACUUAGAGAAGAACAAUCAGGAACUACUGUUAUUGCAUUACUUAUUAAAGAUAACAUUUUGUAUAGUGCUAAUGCAGGUGAUAGCAGAGCAGUGGCAAGCAUUAAUGGAAAUGCAGUCCCACUUAGCCGAGAUCAUAAACCUACAUUAAAAGACGAACGUGAUAGAAUCGAGGCUGCAGGUGGUUGGGUCGAAUUCAAUCGCGUUAAUGGUCACCUUGCCCUAUCCCGUGCUCUUGGAGAUUUUAUGUUUAAACGUAACAAUCACAUGUCACCUCAAAAACAAAUUGUAACAGCUUUUCCCGAAGUACAACAAUUUCCUAUAACCGAAGAUUGGGAAUUUGUUGUCUUAGCUUGUGAUGGAAUUUGGGAUGUUAUGACGAGCGAGGAAGUAGUAAAUUUUGUAAAGACUCGUUUAGCUUGGUCAAAAUUCGUAGGAACCGAAAUGGAAGGUGUUAUGGAUCCUGAAGAAAUAUGCGAAGAAUUAAUGAAUUGCUGUCUUGCACCAGAUGCUUUAAUGGGUACUGGUUGCGACAAUAUGACAGUUGUACUAGUAUGCUUUCUUCAUGGAAAGCCAUAUUCGCAUCUUAUUUCACGUUGUCAAAAAUCUAGUACAAAUUCUUAGUUAUUGUAGAUUGGUAUAUUGAUACUUUCUCAUUUCUUUCUCUCUGUAUCUCUCUAUCUCUCCUACUCUCCUACCGUACGAUCGUCUCCCCUUUUCUUAACCAUCUACGUCGUUACUUAACGACUUAGCUUUUUUAUAUUACACGUAUGCGUUGUAAUUCAGCGCGAAGUGUUGAUGUUAUGAAGUGGGGACGAACAAACGAAAAGGAUGAGUUUUUAACUAUGAGUACUUUUCCUUUUUUAUGAAAAAUUUAGAGGCCUCUGUUUUAGAUAUAUCAAUAGAUCUAACCUAUUAGAUAAUUAUAAAAUUUACUAAUUGCUUUUGUAAAAACAUUAUCUCUGAUUUUAAUGUAAAUUUAAUUUUUUGAAACUAUGCUUUUAUGUGUAAAUAUAUGAAUUCCAUUAUAUACACAAUUAUGGAUUCUUCAGGCCACAUCUUUGGAAAACAGGCCGCACAGCAGCUCAAUUAUAAGCUUUUAUUUACAAUUCUGAAGAAUGGACGAGAAAUAUUCUAACAUAAUUUGAGUAACAAUCAUGAUAAAAGAUCGUAAGAUUUUCAUAAUUAGAGUCCAUAACGUUCUUGUAUAGAAGAAACAGCUGCAUUGGCAAGGGAACUAAGUCUUCCUGCAACUUUAUUUACACCUUGACGUACACUUUCGCGUACAUCGUCCAAAUCAACUACACCAGCACGUCCUCCACUAAAGCGAGCCGUUAAAGAAGCAGUAGAAGAAGUCGGCGAAGAAUUUCCAGUGCCAAAAUAAUCUGCCGACGAUAUACUGGAUGAACCUUCAAAGCGGCGAAGGUUACUUUUACGUUCCCACUAUAAAUAAGUAAAAAUUAUAAAUAAAUCCAUAUUUCAAUUCGAAUAAAAUUUUAACAAAAUAA